ACGGCCGGGCACGCCAGUUUUGCUGCAGACGCUUUUGCUGCCGCCGCUGCCCCUGUCGCCGCCGCUGCCGCCGGUGAGGUGAGCUCGGGUCGCGUCUGCGCUGCCGCAGGGAGGCCGCCUCGGCCCGGCGAGCCGAACCAAUGCUGGAUCUGGAGGUGGUGCCCGAGCGCUCUCUGGGGAACGAGCAAUGGGAAUUCACGCUGGGUAUGCCACUGGCUCAGGCAGUAGCCAUUCUUCAGAAACACUGUCGCAUUGUCAAAAAUGUCCAGGUUCUCUACAGUGAACAGUCUCCUCUAAGCCAUGACCUCAUCCUUAACCUGACUCAGGACGGGAUCAAACUACUGUUUGAUGCUUUCAAUCAGAGACUAAAGGUGAUUGAAGUAUAUGACUUGACUAAAGUGAAGUUAAAAUACUGUGGAGUGCAUUUUAACUCUCAGGCCAUAGCUCCCACCAUUGAGCAGAUCGACCAGUCUUUCGGUGCAACCCAUCCUGGAGUGUACAACUCUGCUGAGCAGCUCUUCCACCUCAACUUCAGAGGACUGUCUUUCUCUUUCCAGUUAGACUCAUGGGCUGAGGCUCCUAAGUAUGAGCCCAAUUUUGCCCAUGGUCUAGCUUCUCUCCAGAUACCCCACGGAGCAACUGUGAAACGAAUGUACAUCUACAGUGGAAACAGCCUCCAGGACACCAAGGCUCCCAUGAUGCCCCUGAGCUGUUUCCUGGGCAACGUAUAUGCCGAGAGUGUAGACGUUCUUCGAGAUGGAACUGGACCUUCAGGUUUACGACUUCGCCUACUUGCUGCAGGUUGUGGACCUGGCCUGCUGGCAGAUGCCAAGAUGCGGGUAUUUGAGCGCUCAGUGUAUUUUGGUGAUUCCUGCCAAGAUGUUCUUAGUAUGCUCGGCUCUCCACACAAGGUCUUCUAUAAGUCAGAAGACAAGAUGAAAAUUCACUCUCCUUCCCCUCAUAAGCAAGUUCCGUCCAAGUGCAAUGACUACUUUUUUAACUACUUCACUCUUGGCGUGGACAUCCUCUUUGACGCAAAUACACACAAAGUGAAGAAGUUUGUCCUACAUACCAACUACCCUGGGCAUUACAAUUUUAAUAUUUAUCACCGCUGUGAGUUCAAGAUCCCACUAGCCAUAAAGAAAGAAAAUGCAGAUGGUCAGACAGAAACUUGCACAACUUACAGCAAGUGGGACAAUAUCCAGGAGCUCCUGGGCCACCCUGUGGAGAAGCCUGUUGUCCUGCACAGGUCCUCCUCCCCAAAUAACACCAACCCAUUUGGCUCCACUUUCUGCUUUGGUCUUCAGAGGAUGAUCUUUGAGGUCAUGCAGAACAACCACAUUGCCUCGGUGACCCUGUAUGGCCCCCCCAGGCCUGGUGCCCACCUGAGAACAGCAGAGCUUCCCUAGGGACAUCACCACCCAUGCCCCUUGUCCCCUGGAACUGUGUUGCAUCCUGCUCAGUGGGCCUCCAAGUGCCACCCUGUGGGUUUUCUUGGACACCUUGCCAGUGUUGAAGGGCUGCUGUGAUGUUCUGAGGUGGGGCUCAGGCUGGGUGCUCUGCCGUGAGGUGAGAGGCCCAGAUAUUCCUCUGUCCAUCCUCAGCCUGCUGGUGCCAACAGAGAAUACAGACUGCAAAGAGAAGCACAAACUCUGAGCCUUGAUACCCGGACCCAGGAGCUUCCACCUGACAUGUAAAGAGGCAGGGUUCUGUCUCCCUGGUCCCACACACAUUGGGAAAACGUGGGGCUCUUCUGUGGCUGCGGACACAGGCACCCGGGAAGAGGACAAGGUCCUGCCUUUGGCGCCACAUUGCCACAUGGCCCUUACGGCAAGCAGGUGGCAUGUCCAUAGUACUUGGUUGCGACUUUUGCACUACAUCCACUUUAGUUACUUGAUGAGCUGGCUGUGGCCACGGCGGCCCACCCGCCCUUCCCUGUUUCUUUCUCGCACGCGCUCCCGGCCAGGCCCGGCAGGUACACCCAAAUGGCUGAAACACCGCUUUCUACCAUCCAGGCUCGUGCCCGGACCUGGUCUUACCACACACCCCCGGCCCCAUCUUGGAGCCAGCCUCCAAGAGGGUCUGCCCGGCAGGGCUGCAUGUCUCCAUCCCGUCUGCCUCUUUUAUUUAAUGCCAAAGUUUUAGCCAAAGACAUCUUCCUCUUCUGUUGUGUCUCAGCAUUGUGUUCUGCACUGUGGGCCAGCUCCCCUGCCCCAACCCUGGGCAGGGUCUCCUAGGUGGGCCUGUUCGUGGCUCAAGGCCUUGGGGACCAAGGAGAGCUGGGCUGCUCAGUCUCUUCAUGGGUCUUACUAAGGAAGUAGCAUAUGUGCUUUAAAAAAUAUUAAUCCUUUUGAAAAGAAUUGCGAAGAGAAAUGUAUAAUUUUAUCCCAUUUUUAAUAUUUUGGUCUAGCAACUUGUGAUACAUAGAUGAAAAUUUUGUGAGUUUUUCAAAUGUGUGUACAGAUUUUUGUAAAUAUGACUUUUGUAAUUAACUCAUGUACAGCCUCAUCCUGUAUAGUUUAACAAUGAAUGUGCAGGGACCUGCCCCGGGCUCCACGUGGUGACUGGGCCUACAGCUAGGCUUGUGUGGCGCUCCCGUGACUUUGUGACUAACUGGUGUCUUCCCACUUGGACUGUGGCCUGGCCAGAGACCCCCGCACAGCCCACUGUCAGGGACAGCCAGGACUGUUCCCAUCCUCCUGGAACGGGGGAACCUUCCUCACCCCCUGCCCACACCCCCUUCAAUAAAGAUCUUUGCCCUCAGCAACGGCUCACAUGUUCCGUUGCUGAUAUGUUUGUA